AUGGCGAGCCCAGGGAGACAAACAGAUGGCUGGGCUCUACAAACUUUCUCCAGUAAGCCACCAAAGAGUCAGCCACACAUAUCCUCUCCCUUUCUAUGGACCCCUCUCCUCUUCCUGCUCAUGGGGCUAGGAGCCUCUAAAAAGGACUCAGCCCCAACAGUGGUGAAAGGGAUUCUAGGAGGUUCAGUGAUUCUCUCCGUGAACAUUUCAGUAGACACAGAAAUUGAGCACAUCACCUGGAGUGGUCCCCAAGAAGCUUUGGCUUUAGUAGAUGCAAGAGGAAAGAUUACCUUUAUAGACAAAAGCUACCAGGGGCGAAUAAACGUCACCCAGAACAACUCCUUGUCUAUCAACAAGCUCACUCUGAAAGAUGCAGGAUCCUACAAAGCCCAGAUAAACCAAAAGAAUUCUGAAGUCACCACAAGUGAGAAAUUCACCCUGUCUAUCUAUGAACAGCUGCAGGAGCCCCGAGUCACCAUGAAGUCUGUGAACAUGUCUGAGAACGCCUCCUGUAACAUCACCUUUGUAUGCUCCGUGAAGGGGACAGGGGAAGAUGUUCAGUACUACUGGACUUCGAGGGAUCCCCAUGCUUCUGAAUCCUGGGUGGGGCCUAGUCUCACCAUCUCUUGGUUGCCCUGUGACCCAAACCUGCCAUACAUCUGCAGAGCCAAGAACCCAGUCAGCCAGAGCAGCUCCCGCCCUGUCCAUGCCUGGCAGUUCUGUACAGAUCUAGGAGCUUCCAGAGGAAGACCAAUGGGAGAGACAGUGGCGGGGAUCCUGGGGGAGUCCAUCACCCUGUCCCUGGCGCUUCCAGACAGUCAACACAUAGACAACGUUGUCUGGAUGUUUAACACCUCUAUUAUCAGCAAAGAGCGGGGAAAAGAAGCAACAGCCAAUCAACUCAUUAAGUUCAAGGAUCCAAAUCAGAACACGGCGUGGGUCUCCAGUCAGGACUACUCCCUAAAGAUUGGCCAGUUGAAGAUGGAGGAUGCCGGCCCCUACCACGCCUAUGUGUGCUCAAACGCCAGAGUUGCCAGCACAAAACAUAUCAACCUGAGCAUCUACCGGAGGCUGAAGAAGCCAAAAGUCACUGGGAGCCUCGGGCUCACAGAGGAUGGUGUCUGCAGGGUCAGCCUGACAUGCUCAGUGGAGGACAGUGGACACAACGUGACAUACAGAUGGAACCCCUUACAGAAAGGAGCUGUCGUGUCCCAAGGGGGAGCUCACCUCAGCGUCUCCUGGAGAAGUGGAGAAAAACACCCCAGCUUCACAUGCAGAGCCAGCAAUCCUGUCAGCAACAGCUCCCAGCAGUUUCUUUCUAGGGACCUCUGUCCAGGUUGCUCUCCUGUUCAGCCAGACCUCAGAGCCUUAAGACCUGAGAGAAGGACAGCACUUUGGUCUGGGCUCUCCCUGAUGGCUCUUUUCACCCUUCUGUGCUUUGGGAUCUCUGGCUGGUGUUUUUGGAAGAAAAAAGGACAAUGUUCAGCCCCAACCUUCAGUUCCAGUCAAGUUGAGGCUCCAGCUGACACACCAGAGUAUGAGAAGCUGGACAUUUUCCCUAAGACUGCCAGGCACGUCUCCGACAGCAGCUCUGACAGCAAUGGAACAACUGAGGAGGAUGAGGAGAGGACAGAGAUGCACCAACCCGUCAAUGGAAGAGACCAGGUGUGUGAUUUGGUCACUCAGGAGGAUGCUGGACAUGACUCAGACUCUGAGGGGCAAGCAGAGUAUUAUCUCGUCACUCCAGAUGACACGAUACCGGUGCUUGCGAUUGAAGGGGAAACUGUGUAUACACAGGUGUUCCUUGACUUUCAGAGACAGACCCCAGUUCCUCAGAAGGAAGAGAGGUCAGCCACAAUCUACUGCUCUAUACAGAAAUCUCAGAAGGUGGUGCCAGCACCGCAACAGAAUGAUCUUGAGUCUCCUGAAAUAUCUACCUAUGAAAAUGUCCCCUGA